AUGAUGAUUCGUUUUCAGUCAGGUUUCGAGGACGUCGAUGCACUUGCCGGAACAGAUAGGGUUGGAGAAUCUCACAUAACACUUAAAAAGAGGUACGAUGGUGGAGAAAAGAGCGUCGAUGUUCUUUGGCGGUUAGCUAGGGCCAGCAUAGAGAUCGCUGAUAUGCAAGCGGAUCUUAACAAGAAGAAAGAGCACAUCCGAGAAGCCAAAGCGUAUGCUAUGGAAGCGGUGCAGUUGGACGCGAACAGAUGGGAGGCUUUAAGAUGGGCAGCUGUAGCAACGGGGUACAACAGCGAGUUUCUGGCAGCUAAAGAGAAGAUAAUGGAAUGUCAAAAGUCACUGGAAUUUACACAGCAGGGACUGAAGCUGAAGCCUAACGAUCAUGUCCUACUCUACAUAAAAGGCCGAGCACUGUUUCUGUUCUGUGGACUGAAUUCAAUAGAGAAAAGGGCGAUGGUGUCAGUAUUCAAGACAACUGGCAACGAACCACCACCAUCUAUCAAUAGAGCGCUCUCAAUAUUUCUUAAAGCAUACUCCAUUGAACCGAAAUACCUUCCCAACCUCCUCUAUCUCGGCCACUGUCAUCUUUCUCUUGGAGAUAAGGAAGCAGCUAAGAGAUACCUGAAGGAGGCGAUCGAUAUGGAAGUACAUGGCUGCGAUACUGGAAUACAAAAGGAAUGUGCAGAACUGCUCAAACAAUGUUAA